CGCGUCUGUCGCGCUGUAACUCCAGUGGAAGUGAGCUGUUGUGGUUGUCCACGCCGCCGCCGACACCUCACUGAGCGGCUGUUGUUCCCCCUCCACAGCGCGCUGAGGACCAGGGUGGUGGAGGUGGUGGAGGUGGCGGAGCUCACCACGCAUGGAGGCGGUGGCAGCAACGCGUGACAUGUCGCAGACUCAAAGCAAAGACGAGGAUGAAGGGUCGGACGGGGACUACGAGAGCUUGCCACCUCAUGUCUCUGUGGCGACCCACAUGACAGCCGGAGCCGUGGCUGGCAUCCUGGAGCACACGGUGAUGUACCCCGUGGACUCUGUCAAGACACGGAUGCAGAGCCUGCAGCCGGACCCGAACGCACAGUACAAGGGUGUGUAUGAGGCUCUGAAAAGGAUCAUCCGGACAGAGGGGAUCUUCAGACCACUGAGGGGCCUCAACAUCACCAUGCUGGGAGCGGGACCCGCUCAUGCGCUCUACUUCGCCUGCUAUGAGCGAGCCAAGCGCUCGCUGAGCGACGUCAUUCAGAACGGAGGCAACAGCCACAUCGCCAAUGGCAUUGCAGGCAGCGUGGCCACUGUUCUCCACGAUGCAGUCAUGAACCCGGCUGAAGUGAUAAAACAGAGGAUGCAAAUGUACAACUCGCCGUAUCGAGGACUCUGGGACUGUGUUCAAACGGUGACCCGUACUGAGGGUAUGGGCGCUUUCUACCGCAGCUACAGCACGCAGCUGACCAUGAACAUCCCUUUCCAGGCCGUUCACUUCAUCACCUACGAGCUGAUGCAGGAGCAGUUGAACCCGCACAGACAUUACCACCCCGGCAGCCACAUAUUGUCGGGGGCGGCGGCGGGAGCCGUUUCUGCAGCAAUAACCACUCCGCUCGACGUUUGCAAAACUCUGCUCAACACACAAGAGAACGUAGCACUCAGCUCCAUGAACAUCAGCGGCCACCUAUCAGGAAUGGCUAAUGCCUUCAGGACGGUGUACAGGCUCGGUGGUCUGCCGGCCUUCUUCAAAGGGGUCCAAGCUCGCGUCAUAUACCAGAUGCCCUCCACAGCCAUUGCCUGGUCGGUGUACGAGUUCUUCAAAUACUUCCUGACAAAGCAGCACCUGGAAUCAGAGGCAGGAUCUGGAGCGAUGUAAAGUAUGUUUAGAACGAACCACGCCUAGACUGGAUCUGAGCCCAUCCCGAAGGCCGAUUCAGACCAAGUCAGGCGUCGCGUGAGCUCUCUGCGUGCUGUUUGAGGAAAUAACAGCAGUUAUUGCGUCACCGGCAAGUUAUUACGGUGGAGGAGCGACCAGGAACAGCACUCCUUAUUGUUCACUUACGCAUAGCUGUUUGUUUUUAAGUUAAGGAAGGUGAUCUUGCGCAACUAAGAUAUGCAACAGAGGUCACUACCCGUAAAUAGACGAGAGUUUGAAUGUCUUCUUCCUCCUUCUUCAGUCCGCACACACAUCAACUCUCCAAACUCUCUUUUCUACAUGUGGCGAACUCGUAAAUAAGUUGUGUGUCUCGAAUGAUGUUUAUAGUUCUUAAUAUUGGAGCUUUUUAUUUAUUUUGUUAGCUUUUUUUCCGAGGUUGUAUUUUAUAGAUACGGAAGAAACACAGUGCUGUCUGUUUGUUUUAUUUCAUUUUGUAUUUAUAAAAAAGAAAAAAAAACCCAGUCAGAACACAUUCCUUAUUUUCACCCAUGGCGAACGGAACAGUUUUCCAAGUGCCUCAUGAAUAUCACAUGCUGCUUCACGUUUAGUUUUCUCUUCGGCACUUCGUCUUUUGACAGAGAAAAACUUUUGUUCACCGUAACUAGCCACAUUUGUCAAAUCUAAACUUACUAAACUGAACUUUGUUUAAGCUUUCUCACAUAUUAUUCCGCACCAAAAUGCUCAAUGUUUUUGCCGUAAGUGCAAAAUACUACGUUUUUUUUUUUUCCUUCCUCUUGAGGGACCCUCCUUCUCUCUCAGUAGGCUCGUAAUGGUCCGGUCAGUUGCCUUGUUAAAGCGCAGCACUACAAAUGCUCCCGAAUCACGCACAAUAAUAGUCUGAUUUAAUAAUUCACGCCUGUUACAGAAAGAAGGCAGCUUGUUUGUUUUGUUUUGUUUUAUAUGUAUUCAAAAACAAUGAAUAUAUAUUUCAAGGGUGACGAUUUCUGAGAAACUUUUAUAACAUUAUGCAGGUCCAAAGAUGGAGCAGAUGAGGCACAUCUCAACGUUCACGUGCAUUUAGUUCUGGUGAGCUUGUUUUUCGAGUGGCCUGUUUUGUUAAUGUGUGUCAUAUUGACCUGAAGGUUGUAGAUACAUGUUGUCAUAUAUAUAUACUAAGUGUUCAGAGUUUAUCUGAAACAUGCAAAAUGUAACAUAACUUUGAUUCUGUUUGCCUUGGGCACUCUUUGUUACCAUGAGACCAGUAAAAGCCUGAUCAAAGCUGGUAAGCAGGCAAUGUUGUUUCUUUAAUUUCCACUCAUCCUGUUGUAGUUACACGUUUCCUGUGUGCUCGCGUCUUUCCAGCCUCUUGACUAUUUUCCAUUCAGUAGUCGAGACAUUCCUCCCAGAUAUUGAUGUAAUCCAGCAAAGCAACCAGAUUUAUUUGUUUUUAAUUAUGGAGUUUCUUUUUUUUUUUUUUUUCUGAAAGUUCAGCGAGUUUGUCGGACUGAAUCAUUAUGCUUGUAGUAAUUGUUAAUAAUAUACCAAAGACAUUCUAUGCAUCUUCCUUUUUAACCUGUAGUUAUAUGCUGCUUCUUUUUUUGUUUUUUGUUUUGUUGCACUUGUUAAAAUGCCGAAUCACUUGAAUUCUUUAGCGUAUCUCAUUUAGCUCUCGUUUCCUGUUUGUGUUUGGAGUUCGAUGGUGUCAGAAAAAGUCUCAGCUCUGCCUCAGCGUUUUCAUUUGCUCCUCCUAAAAGUUUCAUUGACUACUAAAGCACUUGAACAAAAGAAGUUAAAAGUGGAAAUUGUAUGUUAAUUAUAUAUAUAUUUUGGAAAUGCAUUUCUCAUGAAUGGAUAAGGUGUUUUGAAUAUAUGUGUCCUAAUUAGCAUAGAUUCAUAUAGCUGUGUAAAUCUAAUCAUGGCUAGGUCAGUCGAUUGCCCAUGUUGCCUUUGUUACGUCAUCAGUUCAGCUGAUUUCAGGUUAAUCAAAUGAUUAACAAAAGUAAAAUGAAUCAUAGUUUUUGAUGUAUAGCAUCACUGUCUACCCUCCGUCAUUACUCCUUUUGAUAUAUCAUUCAUAAUUGUGAAUUAUAAUUCCCAAAUCUGGGUCCAAGUGCUUUUAACAUGUCAAAUUAAUGUUUCUAAUAUAAUCUUAAAGGAGAUAAAAAUGGGUCAUAUCUACGAUGUGAAUAUUUUGAUGUUAUUUACGCACAAAUGAUUUAAAAAAGGAGUUUUUGUUUUGUUUUUUUCGCUGAGUGCCAUCUCCACAACAGGAAUGCUUGAAAGUUUGAACAUGCAAAUAUGAAAUGAUUGUGAUAAUGCUGCUACAGUAUGUAACACUGGAGCUGAAAUAAACAUGCAAGUGAGGAA